AUGUACACCCCCGACUGCACCACAUUUCGUCCCACACCAACUCCAGGUGUAAGAAUGGGGUAUGGGGAUGCUUCCUCAGACCCUUUUGGGAUGUAUGGGAAUGAAAGUUACUGUUUCGAGUCAGUUCCGGCCUACGAAUCGCAAAAUUCUCACACACCUUCAUGGCCCAGCUCAGUCUACCCAGAGGAUACAUAUGCCACUCAGUUGCCUGGUGUGCUGCUGGGCCAUAUGGUGGAGAGUAUCCUCCCUGCGCCGAAAGUCCGCGGCGGGCUGCCCCGUCCGACCACUGCAACCAAGAGGUUCAAUGAGCCCCUUUUGGACUUACCCGCAGGCUACGCGCAAUGGACCCCAUACACCAUCACCCCAAGGUCGAAUGAGCCCCGCAUCUACUCACCCGAAUACCCGAAAUAUUGGGUUGCCGAAGGGCAAGGUAGUGAUAGUCCUGAAGGACGCAUAAAUCUCGACGCUAGCAAUCAUAAGCCUGUCACCUCCAAAUCGAAUGCGCCCCGCAUUUACUCACCCAACUACUCCCAGUUUUGGGUUCACGAAGGGCAAGGGAAUGAUAGUCCUGACGACCGCAGGCAUCUCGACGCCAGCACCCAUAAACCCAACCCCGAUAUCUUUCACUAUGUCCAGCCCUCAUCCAGUCGUCUCAGGGACCCUCGCGGCCGCAUGCUCCUCGACCACCUCCACGCUGCCGCUAUGCGCGCUGAAGAGAAGGAGGCUGCGAGGCGAUACCUUCCUAUCUCUCCAUUAACCCCACUAUCUCCCAGGGAUACCCCAAGUCCGGCGUCUUAUGCCAAAGUCAAUGCCAAUAUUAAUGUCGAGCCCAGAGCGGCCUUUGAUCUAAGAGUAGAUACGACGAUCGACUCGAGGAUCGUUGAGAGAUUGAGCCGGCUUCUGGUGCCGAAUUGUCCGCCGGAGUCGAUGCUUGCUUGGGAGAUACAGCAGCGGUGGAGACGUGAGGUAGAGUCGGAGUUGAUGAUGCCGGAAAUGAUGCAUCCGAGGCCGAGUCGGUGGGGGGUAGGGUUUUAUGGCUGGCUUGGUUAUGGAACAUAUUCACCCAGUACGUGA